AUGAUAACCAAUAUAAAUGCUCUCAUCCUUUUUACACUACUGGUCAACCUCAUCUUUAUUCAUGGUCAACAUGUUUCCAAUGCGCAAUGUGAUGAAACAUUGGUAAACACGCAUAUGCUUGAAUGCUAUAAAAAACAUAUUGACAACAAAAUCGAUACAAGCUCGAUUGAAAAUGCGUAUUAUAUGGAUGGAUCGAAUCUUUGCCAAGCGUUUAAUCAAAGUUCAUCGUAUCGUAAAUGUUUAUAUUCAAUCUUUGGUCGAAAUGAAAUCUGUUCAUACGAACGAUAUCAAUAUUCAUAUCACUAUUUCAAAACCUACUGGAAAUUAGUUCUGGCUUCAUGUAUUGUAGAAAACAAUGAACAUUGUUCGCCUUCGCAUUUGAGUGAAAAAAUCAUCAACAAAUGUCACUAUUCAUUUGAUGAUAAAUUUCCAACAAAAUGCAAAGAAUUUGUACGUUCUGUGAAAUGUUUGGAAAGACAUGAACAUGAUUUAAUUCCAUCAACCUUUGGAUCAGCAUNAGAUGAACAUUGUUCGCCUUCGCAUUUGAGUGAAAAAAUCAUCAACAAAUGUCACUAUUCAUUUGAUGAUAAAUUUCCAACAAAAUGCAAAGAAUUUGUACGUUCUGUGAAAUGUUUGGAAAGACAUGAACAUGAUUUAAUUCCAUCAACCUUUGGAUCAGCAUGUUCAAGAAGUCAAGGCUAUUAUUAUUUUUAUGGGGAUCUGGCCGCUCGUCUUCAAUUAUCAAUUAAUAUUUGCGAACAAAAAUGA